GUGCAGCAGAUCACGAACCCGAACCGACGUAGGAGGAGGACCUUGACGUCCGAUGGAGACGACAUCCUGCAGUUCGUGUCUGACGGAGGGGCGGACGCGCUCGCCGAGGGCCUCCCGCAUAUCGUCGCGCCGCUCUUGCGCAACCUGUCGGAGGCGUCCCACGAGGCCCACGCGGAGGACUCUUGCAUCCAGCAGCCUCUGUGCGAAGCCAACGCCGUCCUCACUCAUCGCUACGGCGCCCUCGGUCGUGUCGUGGGCGCCUUUGUGUCGAACGUCGCGGCCAGGGCGUUCGUGGGUUCGGAUCCCACUCGGUACCAGCUGGCUCUCGAGGCGUCGCAGCGGGGGCGGGCGGAGGAGGCCGAGGAGGAGGCCUUCUGCGCCGCCCGCUUCCCGUUUUAGAAUAAUUCUCUUCUGA